CGAAGCGAAGAUGGAUUGUGCCUAUGUCAAAUAAUUAGUUUAUCUCGAGACUGUAUUGCUUUAUUUCAUAAUUAGGUCUGAAUUAAUACAAUUUUUAAUUAAAACAAUGGACUGUCUAUCAAAUAUUAACUGGAACAAAGUCUCACCAUGCCUAGUGUUAUUAGUAUUAGAAGUUUUAUUAGAGUUUUCAGAAUGCUCGUCACAAGCAGAGGUGAACAAGCAUCUAGAGCUGGGCCGGGACUUCCUGGCCCGCGGGCAGCUUUCUGACGCGCUCACUCACUACCACGCCGCUGUUGAGGGGGACCCUCACAACUACCUCACAUACUUUAAGAGAGGCACUGUGUACUAUGCCCUCGGUAAAGCGAAAUUUGCAUUGCAAGACUUCACUAAGGUGUUGGAGAUGAAGGCAGACUUCACGGCAGCGCGCCUGCACCGCGCCAACGUGUACCUCAAGCUGGCUCAGUACCGGGAGGCCAAAGAGGACUAUCUGCAAGUCACGUACAGCGAGCCGCACAACGAGGAGGCGGCCGCCAUGUUCCGCCGCGUGGACGAGCUGGCGGACGAGCUGCGCCUGGCGGAGGCCUACUUCCGCGGCCGCGACCACCGCGCCGCCGCCGAGCUGGCCACGCGCCUGCUCGAGGCGUCGCCCUGGGCGGCGGCGCUGCGCCAGCUGCGCGCCGAGUGCUACAUCGCGCUGGACGACCUGUUCUCGGCGGUGUCGGACAUCCGCUCCGUGAACCGCCUGCAGCAGGACUCCACGGAGGGCUACCAGCGCCUGGCCUCGCUGCUGUACCAGCUGGGCCACGUCAGCGACGCGCUCAAGGAAGUGCGCUCGUGCCUGAAGCUGGACCCGGAGCACCGGCAGUGCUUCCCGCUGUACAAGAAGCUGAAGCAGGUGGACAAGCUGCUGCAGCAGUGCGAGCAGCAGGCCGCGGCGCGCGACUUCGCGGCCUGCCUGCGCAGCGCGCGCGCCGUGCUGCGCCUCGAGCCCGACGUCACGCUCGUGGUGCUCGAGGCGCGCAAGCACCUGUGCGCUUGCAGCGUCAAGGAGGAGCUGUACGCGGACGCGUUGGCGGAGUGCGCGGCGGCGCUGGCGCUGCGACGCGAGCCCGCCACGCUGUGCGACCGCGCCGACGCGCUGCUCGGCCUCGACAUGUUCGACGACGCCAUCCGCGCGUACAAGGAGGCGCUGGAGCUGGCGGAGGGCUCGCAGCGCGCGCGGGACGGGCUGAGCCGCGCGCAGAAGUUGCAGAAACAGUCCGAGCAGCGCGACUACUACAAGAUCCUGGGCGUCAAGAGGUCGGCCAACAAGCAGGAGAUCGUGAAGGCGUACCGCAAGGCGGCGCAGAAGUGGCACCCCGACAAUUUCCAGGGCGACGAGAAGAAGAUCGCAGAGAAGAAGUUCAUCGACGUCGCCGCCGCCAAAGAGGUGCUGACGGACCCGGACAAGCGCGCGCAGUUCGACGCGGGCUCCGACCCGCUGGACCCCGAGGCGGCGCGCGGCGGCUUCCAGGGCAACCCCUUCCAGCACUUCCAGCACGGCUCGCCCUUCCAGUUCAAGUUCCACUUCAACUAGCCCCGCCCGCUGCGAGGACAUUCUAGGGUAACUUUCAGACCCCGACGUCUCAUACGGACCUCGAGGCGAGAGCGAUAAAGCGUUACGUCUCAUUGCUCCCUAACGGCAUACCUAUAUCGCUGUGUCGAAUGAAAUCCUCGAUUCGAUGCCUUCUUUAUUAUUUACCGUGGUCAAAAAAGACUCGUGAAUAAGGCAGACGUGCGUAUAGCGGUAUCGCUAUCUUGUUUCUCUAGACCAUGUUUUGGUGACGUCCGUAUAUGCGUCGGCACCGCUUUUCGAGGAAAUCAAACUUUAAACAAUCGUAUCGUGACCUCGGUUCGACAUAGUUGAGAUUCCCAGAAACUAAGUUUAGCAGCGCUGGAAAUACGACAUAACGAUGUUUUUUGCGUAAAAACACAAAAGAAUAGUCCGUGUAUUUGACCAUUUAUUGCUCGUCCAAAUACAAUCUCGUUAAGUCGGACCGAGGUCACGUUUUGUCUGAUUUGUGAUGCGAGUUAUUAAGGUGAUCGCUCGCAUGAAAGAUCGCUCCGAAAGACGGCGGAAGCUCUAGAGCGGCGGAAAUCAUAAAAUCUGUACCCUUAGUGAGAAUUAAACUCGUAGAGUCGCUUUUGAGUGUCCACACGUUAUAAUAUCAGAGUGAAAUGGGGCUUAUACGCCUGGUUAUACAGUCGUUAUGUUACUACUCUUACACGGAAUGUUUGUAGGAUAAAAAUAGUACAUUAUCCUCAUCAUUAGCCUUCUAACCUCCCGGUGAGUCCUCACUUAACACUGACACCCCGCCUUACCAAUUUCUGUAACAUUACUAAUGAUGACUGGGACCGCCGGCUCAAUGUGCUGUUCGAAGCACGGGGUGGGGACUGCUAAGUAUAAACUGCAAUACUAACAACUAACAAAACUUCAGCUUGGUAGCGAGAAUCAAACCUUGUCUUGAUAUAAAUAGAUAGAUCGCUACCGGCCAGCGAGACACUAUUAGGUACUUUAAAACAAGCAACAUUUUUUACUCUGUCGUGACGGGUUUGGAUUUCCGCAAACUAUCGACGUUAUUACAUACGUUUAGUACGUAAUAUCGUCGAAAGUUUGCGAAAAUCCAAACUACCUAAAAUAAUAAACCUAAUUAUCGAAUAUUAAAUUUAGUAGUGCCAUCCUUUUCCUACUCUUACCUGUUAAGGAGGAUGGCGACUGAUUUUAUUAUUCGAUAUCAUUAUAGAUUGCAUAUAAAUAGAAAAACGCGCCUGCAGACUACGAUAAGUGUAAAUAUUGUACAGCCCCACUAACUAUACAUACGGAAUAUUCGGCAUGCGAAUCUAAGUCGGCCAGAUUUGAAUGUCACGUUUUUAAAAAUCGAUGGUGCAUUAGCUUUUUAUACUGAACAUUCAUGCUGAAUGCAUGGUGAAUAUUGUUCAAAGUGGCAAAGUAGAACCACUUUCCUCACAAAAAUCUGUUCGAAAAACAUAUCGACUCAUCUAUAUAGUUUUGUAGUACAUAUUUAUAUUAUUUUAAUAACUCAACACGUGGCUACUUUUCUAUAAUUUAUUUAAAAAGUACUUCAUUAUUUAAAAGUGACUAGUUUGUUCGUUCGCACCCUUAUUCCAGCACCAAAAUAAAUAAUUAAAACGACUUAAUAUGUAAAACUAACAAAAUUGUUACUUGCUGUGCAAUACGGCCAUAUUAAUAACUAACUAUUUGGGAAUGAUAUUUAUUUCUAUUCUAAUAAUGUCGAACUAUUUAUUGCGAGAGGCCAUGACACAUUGCCUUACACGUGUUUUAUGAACAUGAGUUAUUUGAGAGGGAUACUUAUGCUAUCGAGAGAAACUUCAUCCUCAAAAGGUUCCUUGCCUUUUCGCCAGUUUAAAAGAUAACUGCAUUUAAAAGUGAUUUAACAUUCGUCAGUAUCGACUCGAAUUAUUGAGCCUAUCGUGUCAGGCACCCAUAUUUGGCGUUUAGCUCCUCACGAUUCCUUUUAGUUUUCUGAACUCUCAGCUGUAAAAUCAAGUGCUAAAAUUCAUCCAUACUAGCACACGCAACAUUUUUCAAACUUCCUAACUUUCCGGGGUUGUGCGUUUUUAACUUAAUCUUUUAAAAUGUCACAUAACUUGCUUUAACUAUAUAGGAAACCAUUUUGCGGAAUCUUGCAUGCGUGAUAGUUCUACAUAAUGAAUUAAAAGGCGGGUGAAGUCCACCAAUCCGCACUUGGCCGGCGUGGUGGACUUAAACCUGAACCUCUCUUUGAGGAGACCCGUGCCCCGUGUUGGGUCGGUCAUGGGUCGAUUUCUUUAUACGUCACAUCACACAUAUCUUCCAAUUUUCUCUACUCUCGGGAGUGAUGGCUUUACAACGCAUCUUUGCCAAGUUAUAAAAGAUAAAAAGCGAAUCGAUGCUAACGAAUGUCAUUUCACCACGAAGAUUAAAAAAAUCUUAAUCAGAGUACAGGAUCACAGAUCCCUUUUAUAUAAAUAAAAAUACUUAUAUCGCUUUACAUAUGUUGCCAGUUACAAAUCACGGAUUGCUAGUCUCAUAAGUGUGGUCACAUAUACUACUAUCGCCUGAGCAUUUCUAUGCUGCACUGCAUUUUUUGCACAUGAAUUUGUAUAAAGUAGUUGCAUUUGUAAGUAAAGGAAGUGUUGUAAAAGCGGAAACAAAAUGCACUGUGAUCGCCUGACCAAUCAAUAAGUAGCUCAAGCGAUAGUGAGCUGUGUGGAGCCAGGCUUUAUUCAUUUAAAUGGAAUAUAUUUAUCACAGAGUUUAUGCAUAAUGUUUGUUUGAUAAAAAUUAUAAUGGCCAACCAUAAAUGUUCUGUUGUGCCGAAAAAUGCAUGUAAAUAGGUUUAUAAAAAAGGGAAACCGUAUUUAACCGACUCCAACUGUAUUAUUAUUUAUUUUCUUCGUGAGCAGUUUUGAAGUCUCACUCACGCUUUGGUUUGUGCCCGAAUCGUUUCGAGCUGGUUUCAUGAGUUCGUUCGUUGGCUGCGACGAAAAUAAAGCAAACACCGGCCUCAACACUUCUUCACACAGCAAAUAGAAAAACCUUACUCAGUAUAGGAUCUUUGCAGCUCCGUCCGUUGGUAAUAAAACUACCGUUCAUUUGGAGUCGGUUGAAUUUUAAUUAUAACUUAUUCAUAAUUUGAGAGUUUUAAUUUUCCCUUCGUUUUUUAUUAUUGCUAAGCAACGUUUGCGUAUCGACCGGAUAGAUUGCGCUCGUAGGUAAGAUUGAGCGAUACCGCAUUUCUGUUGCUGGGAGUUUUUUUUUUGUUAUAUAUUUAGGUCACAAUUUUCUCAAUAGAAUUUGUCCAGUCAUUUGGUGCUCUCUCAAAACUAUCAUGGUAAACGCCAAACGACUGGACUCGGUGUAAAUAUAUUAUUCCAAAGUGCUUUUAUAAUAGUAAUGGACGCGGUGAGUUUUGGAAGGUUCUUGAAAGAAGAAGUAUGAAAGGUAAAACAAGUUUGAAAUUACCAACUUAUAUCAAGCACCCUCCCAAACUUUUAGACGCCCGCUUGGAAAAUAGAGCCAGUAAGUGGUGCCAAUUUUGUUAUUAUUAUCUCCUUGCGGUUUUUAUUUACUGGCAUCAUGAAACAAAUAAUGCAUAUCGGCCAGUCAAAUGCAUUAUUAACGUGCUUGUACUCAAAUCCUAUUUUGUCAUUUGCUGUUUUGCUUUCUCACAAAUCUAAGUUUUGACGAGGACAACACUAGCUCUAAAACUGUCAGUUUAGGAUUUGUAUACAGCUCCGUCGGCGUCACUAAGUGAGAAAUUGUGAACUGAUAUGUAAAGGACAGUGCGCUAUAAAUAAAAUAAUUCAACGGUUUAUUCCUUUAUAAAUAUUUAUUUAAAUAAGUUAUUUUGUUGAGAAUCGACAUGAAAACAAGAUUGUAAAUAUUGUAGAAUAUAAGGAUUUAUGAGAAA